AUGGUCGUUUUUGGCGGGCUUGUUUUAGCAAUCGGCAUUCUUUUGUCUGGGGUAUUUAUUGUCUGGAAAUUAUAUAAUAAGUCAGCUAAAAAAGGUGGACAGCGCCCCCACGUACAUCCAGCUGCUACUGGCAGACUGCGUCGUCGCAUUGGAAAUGUAGGUGGACAGCGCCGUUUGGCUGCUCGGAUGAGAGAUGCUUCAGAAUCUGAGGAGGACGAUAGGCGUGUUAGAAAUGUCAUGGAAAAUGUAGACAUCCAGCCUUCAGAUAUAGAUCAUCCAAAAGAAAGUUCAAAGAAAAUUGGCUCCAAAAAAGCCGCCAAGUUAGCUGAAAAGGAACGUCGAAAGGAAGAGCGAGAAGCUGAGGAGCGUUACAGAGAGCACCAAAGGAAAAUCGAAGAUAUGGAAAUUGAAAAACGUAAGAAAACAGAAGAAGCGGAAGAAAAAGCUGCAGCAGCGGCAGCUGCUGCUGAAGCUAAACGUCGUGAAGAAGAAGCAGCUCGUGAACAAGCUGAAUACGAGCGCUUAAAACAAGAGUUUAUUAUUGAGGAAGAAGGAGUGGAUGUACAACAACAAGAUGACAAAGCAAAAGCAAUGAUUAAUGCACAAAUUAUUGCAGCUAUUGAAGAAGCAAAAAUUAUUCCAGUCGAACAUUUGGCAAUCAAUUUAAAUUUGAAGACGGAGGUUUGUAUAGAAAAGGUCAAAGCACUUAUGUCUUCUGGUCGGUUAACUGGGGUAUUGGAUGAUCGAGGCAAAGUUAUUCAUAUUACAAAUGAUGAAUAUGAAGCCGUUGCUCAGUAUAUUGAGAAAUGUGGUCGUGUCACUUUAUCAGAAUUAGUUGAGAAUGGGCAUAAGUUAAUUAGAACUGGGCCAAAUACUUCAAGAGGAUAA